AUGAAAGAGCGGGUUGAUCUCAAUAGUAAUGGCCUUUGCAUCGAAUCUAGAGCUAGAGUCCUGAAAAAUGGGAAGUGGGUAAAGCGCUAUAUUUUAUGCAAAAAACCAAGUGACGUCAGUUCUCCAAUUCUGUAUGUCUAUAAAUCGAAGAAGGAUCGUAAAUGCAACAAUUCGAAGGUAUCGCUCGUUUUGCAGAACUAUGUUGGAUUCGAAAGCGGUUUCGAACUCAAUAAAUGCACACAUACACUUGCUCUAUUGACAAUGGAGGAUAUUGUUGUGAUAUCGUUUCUUCUUCCUGAAAGUCUCAUUCUCUGGGAAACCUGGUUGAAAUCGACUUGUGGAACAAAUGUUCAGGAUUCUCGGUUAGCGAUUGUGUACGGUCGACCGGCGAAACUUCUUCUCUAUUGCGACAUUCACUUCACAGUGAUUAAUGUCAACGCGAAUAAUCUGAUUACGAUUCAACAAUCUCAGUCUACAUCUAACGAUUCGUUUGUGUUUAUGUGUGCACGAAGUGAAACAUUUCAACGAAUGCUAUCAAAAGCUACAACUGAGAAAGGAUUGCAUCGUUAUCUCAGUAAAAAAAACUCCGAAGGAGACUGGAUGCCAGAUUUUGUAGUAUCGAAGCAAAAUGAACAACUAGACACUGAGUCACAGUUCUCACAGGCUUUCAGUGGGCUAUUUAACUUUUUUAACAUGGAGCAGUCAAUGCAGACGAAGAAGUUGAACCUCGACAAGGAAAAGUCAAAAUCGGGUGAGCUUGAGCACAAUUUCAAUACGCAUUCGCUGAAUAAAGCAUUUUCAGUGGCUUUUUAUCAUAACGCUAAACCAUCUGGAGCAAGAGACGAGGCAAGUGCCAAUUAUGUGAACAUCAGCAAGCAUAGUGUUUCAAGGCUAAUUCUAGAUAGAGAUCAAGGUGGAUCGGAGAGGGAACGACUAUACGCACCAUCCAGGAAAACUAGUCGAUUUGAAAAUUCUAUCGCUGGCUAUGAGAACUAUCAAAAUCAGGACAGCAUUCUACAAAAUCGUAUGGGAAGUAGCAUUCACAGAAAGAGUUUACCGAACUACAUCAAUGCUUAUCAAUCUUCGCCGGGUAAAAGGAGUAACGAGGAAAACAGGUUACUUACACGUUCUCCGAAUCAUGGAUAUCGUAGAAAAUCCGAGUUGGCACUGGCACAUGCUAUGGACAAACCUUCGACCAGCAAAGGUCGAUCUGUUGGCGACUUGAAGACGGCUCGCUUAGAGGAGUCGCGCUACGAAAAUUGGAGGAAAGCAAAGAAGUUCAUUUCAUCAUUUAAGCCAAAAUCACAAUCAGAUCUGAAUCAUAGGAACAAAAUGAAUCGUCACAGUCUAGUGAAAUCUUCGAGUACCGGAGCUCUACAAUUUGCGACAUCCGCCCGAUACGUGGGUAACAAUCACCUGUUUUUAUAUUCGCUUUUGAAAUGGCUUGCGCUGUUGGAGGAGUACAACAAUGAGGAAGAAUCGCUGGAUUCUUUCACGGACUUUGACGAACCUCCGCCUUCACUUGAUCAAGUCGUUUGUAAACCAACAAUUAUGCAAAAGGAGGAAAGUCCACCAGAGGGUCUCGUUCGGCCAAAAGAGGAUAUUCAAAUCAGACCAAGAGCUGGUGUAAGCGCAGUUUUAGCUCGCAGACUAGCUGCAUCUGUGACCGGAUCAUUUUCCAAGUAUGAUGGUGAAAGAGGAGCGACUCACCACUACCAAGGUGGUCCAAUUAAUGAACCUCUUGAAGCCGCAUCACCUCCCAUGCUAGAAGCUCUAGAUGGAAUAGAAGCAGCAGUGUAUCGAGGACAGGAUCGUCUAAAAGAGAGUGAUCGACGCGCUUCCAACGUUUCGUUUCACAAACAAGCCAGUACAUCCGGAGAAUCUUUGGAAUCAGAACAGACAGCCAAAACGAAUUCUCCAUCGUCUACAAAGUCUUUUUCACGUGUGGAUGCGAGCGUGCAGUCGUUAGAAAGUAUUACGACCAGUCGUCAAGUCGAUUAUAGUAAAGUGUCACUGCCUGCUGCAGCUAAUUCGACCUCAAGUUCGAAUUCAGUGAAUUCUCGAGUGGAAUACGUUACGAUUGAUCCGGUCUCAACAACAGCGGCACGAGAGGUUGCAUUAAAACUGAAAUUUAUCGUAAUGGACGGCAGUGAUUGGCGUGUUUAUAUGUGA